AUGGUGAAAAGGAAAAGCUCAGAAGGCCAGGAGCAGGAGAGCGGCCGUGGCAUCCCUCUGCCCAUCCAGACCUUCCUAUGGAGGCAAACCAGUGCAUUUUUGAGACCUAAAUUGGGGAAACAAUAUGAAGCUUCCUGUGUGUCUUUUGAAAGAGUAUUAGUAGAGAACAAGCUGCAUGGCCUUUCUCCAGCUCUUUCUGAAGCCAUCCAGAGCAUUUCUCGCUGGGAACUUGUCCAAGCUGCGCUCCCGCAUGUGCUGCACUGCACCGCAACGUUGCUCUCCAACCGGAACAAGCUAGGACAUCAGGAUAAGCUUGGAGUAGCUGAAACAAAGCUCCUUCACACCCUUCACUGGAUGCUGCUGGAGGCCCCGCAGGACUGCAGCAAUGACCGAUUUGGAGGAGACAGAGGUUCUAGUUGGGGAGGGAGCAGUAGUGGCUUUAUCCACCAGGCUGAAAACCAGGGGUCACCAGGACAUCCCCGGCCCAGCACCAUGAAUGAUGAAGAGGAAAAUAACAGAAGGAAGUUCUUCCAGAACUCCAUGGCCACAGUGGAGCUCUUUGUGUUCCUUUUUGCUCCCCUUGUCCACAGGAUUAAAGAGUCUGAUCUGACAUUUCGGUUGGCUAGUGGCCUAGUUAUUUGGCAGCCUAUGUGGGAACACAGACAGCCUGAAGUUUCUGCCUUCACUGCGCUUGUAAAACCAAUCAGGAACAUCAUUACAGCUAAAAGAAGUUCUCCCACCAACAAUCAGAGCAUGACUUGUGAAUCCCUUAAUCUGGACACUGGACAUACCGAGGGACUACAGGUGGUGUGUGAGACAACCCAGCCAGGUUCUGUACCUCCAAAGGCCACUGUUUCAGCUUGUCAUCGUGGAAAUUCCUUGGAUGGAAGCGUAUCCUCCCAAACCUCUCAGGAGAGAGGUACUGCACAUCCCAGGGUGUCCUUGGUGAUCCCACCAUGCCAGAAGUCUCGCUAUGCCACAUACUUUGAUGUGGCAGUCCUGCGCUGCCUGCUGCAGCCACACUGGUCCGAGGAGGGCACACAGUGGUCACUCAUGUACUACCUGCAGAGGCUGAGGCAUAUGCUGCAAGAAAAGCCGGAGAAACCACCUGAGCCAGAGAUCACCCCUUUACCAAGACCUCGCAGCAGCUCCAUGGUGGCUGCUGCCCCCUCUCUGGUGAAUACCCACAAAACUCAGGAUCUUACAAUGAAAUGUAACGAGGAAGAAAAAUCACUAAGCACAGAAGCAUUUUCCAAGGUUUCACUGACCAACUUGCGUAGACCAGCAGUUCCAGAUCUCUCAACAGACCUGGGGAUGAACAUCUUCAAAAAGUUCAAGAGCCGCAAAGAGGACAGGGAGCGUGAGCGAAAAGGGUCAAUUCCUUUCCACCAUACUGGGAAGAAGAGGCAGCGAAGGAUGGGGGUGCCCUUCCUCCUCCACGAGGACCAUUUGGAUGUGUCUCCCACUCGCAGCACUUUCUCCUUCGGCAGCUUCUCUGGAAUCGGAGAGGACCGGCGUGGCCUUGAGAGAGGAGGAUGGCAAACCACCAUAUUAGGAAAGUUUACCAGACGGGGGAGCUCUGACACAGCAACGGAGAUGGAGAGCCUGAGCGCCAGGCAUUCACAUUCCCAUCACACGCUGGUCUCCGAUCUGCCGGACCACUCGAACAGCCAUGGGGAGAACACAGUCAAAGAAGUGCGGUCCCAGAUCUCCACCAUCACUGUGGCCACCUUCAACACUACCCUGGCCUCAUUCAAUGUGGGCUAUGCAGAUUUCUUCAGCGAGCACAUGAGGAAGCUUUGCAACCAGGUGCCUAUCCCUGAGAUGCCCCAUCAACCGCUCGCAUGUGCCAACCUCCCACGGAGCCUGACAGACUCCUGCAUCAAUUACAGUUGCCUGGAAGACACGGAUCACAUUGAUGGAACCAACAACUUUGUCCACAAGAAUGGCAUGCUGGAUCUCUCGGUGGUCCUGAAGGCUGUUUACUUGGUCCUGAACCAUGACAUCAGUUCCCGGAUUUGUGAUGUGGCACUGAACAUUGUGGAGUGCUUACUUCAGCUUGGUGUGGUGCCCUGUGUAGAGAAGGUUCGGAGGAAGAGUGAGAACAAAGAAAAUGAGGCCCCUGAAAAAAGACCAAGUGAAGGAUCCUUCCAGCUCAAAGGGGCUGCUUCUGGUGGUUCAGCUUGUGGAUUUGUGCCUCCGCCAGAUGAAGGCCCAUCGCUCAGCACCCAUAGGCUGGCACUCACAAUGCUGAUCAAAAUUGUGAAGUCCCUCGGUUGUGCCUAUGGUUGUGGAGAAGGACACCGAGGGCUCUCUGGAGAUCGCCUGAGACACCAGGUAUUCCGGGAGAAUGCUCAGAGCUGCCUCACAAAGCUGUACAAACUGGAUAAGAUGCAGUUCCGGCAGACCAUGAGGGAUUAUGUGAACAGGGACUCUCUCAAUAAUGUGGUGGAUUUCCUGCAUGCUUUACUGGGAUUCUGCAUGGAGCCAGUCACUGACA